GAUGCGGGGCUGGGGGGGGACACUGCGGGUGUGACACGCUGCGGGUGUGACACGCUGCUGCUCCCGCACCCCCGGGGCUCCCUGUCACCUCUGCCUGUCCCCAGCGCCCGGCCGGGCUCCGGGGAGGGGAGCGGGGGGAUGAGGAUGAUGAGGAUGAUGAGGAUGAUGAGGAUGCUGCUGCCACUCGGAGCAGCCGGUGGGACACCCCCGAGCCUCACUGGGCAGCCCGGGAGCGAUCGGGAGUCAAAAUUGUCCCAGGGGUCCCCGCCAGCCCCCUCGCCCCCGCAGGGUUGGUCACCGCCUGCCGCCGGCUCCUUCGAGGGGUGGCCUCGUCCGCCCCCUCCCAAAAAAAUAAAAUUAAAAAAAAGAAAAAAAGAAAGAAAAAAAAAAGGCUUCGGAAAGCGUGGAGAGGAGGAAGAAAAGCUGAAAAGCUUUUUUUAAAGCUUUUUAAAAGCACCUCCGUGCGCACCCUGCCGCCGCAGGGGCACCGCAGCGCCCGCCCCGCACCAGGAGCGACCGCGGGGCCACCCCCGAAUCCCUCCAGGGAUGAACCCGGAAUUCCCCCCGGGAAAAACGCGUUUGGUGCCCGCCGGGGGGAGAUGGGGUCACCCCGCAUCGCUGCCAAGGACCUCCUCCGCCCCCCUUAAAAACCUCGGCGACCAACCAAAAAAUAAACCUUCAAAACGAAAACGAUGAUUUUAAUACUAUUUAGAUUUUUAUACGGGAUUAUUUUAAUAACCGCAGGAGCUUUGCAGCGCGGAGGGUCACCAGAGCUGGGGGUGACCGCGGUGCCUUUUACGCCAUAAUCCCUUCAGCCUCUCAGGGAUGGUGGCGGGUCGGGGGUGCCAGCGCGGGGGGACAAUGUCCCUGUCCCUUGUCCCUGUCCCUUGUCCCUCAUCCCGCCUGCUCCAGCCCCAGCCGCUCUCUGGCAGCUGCCGGACACGCAGUCGAGGAGGCUGAGGAGCUGCAAGGCACGUCGCGCCGAGGUUAAUUAGUCUCGUCAGGAGUAAUUAGCCCAGGGCUAAUUGCGGGGCUGGGUGUCGCCAUCACCCGAGCGCUGCUGAUGCUGCCGGGGUCGGGGGCACUCAGCCGUGUCUGCGGGGUCCUAAAGGCUCCUGGCAGGGGAAAUUUGGGAUCACGGGGCUUUGGGAGCCCCCCAAGAGCCGGAGGUUGGGGAAAAGCCCAGCAGAAGGUAAGAGGGGAGCUGGGGACACCCAUCACGGCCCCUCCACCAGUGGUGCUCUAUCCUGGAUGCCCUCCACGGAUCCAGCUUGGAAUUAGAGGCGGGGACAUCGGAGACAGGCUGAGGAGCCGGGUCCUGGACAGCUGGCAUCCUGGAGCAGCUCUGAACAUCGGGACAGAUGGGAGAGAUGGGAAAGAUGGGAGAGAUGGGAUAAGAGGGGACGAGCCCCUCGCCAGGAGCACCCGCCCCAAAUCCCGGCUCCCGGUGGGGUUUGCAGGAACCUCUCUGCCCCCGGGUGGUGCCCCGGGGCUCAGCCCCAGGUGUGCAUCCCUCCCUCCUUUGGCCGGGGCCGUGACCUCCCACCAUGGGGGUGGUUAAGGCGAUGCUCCCCAGCUACGAGCUGGGCUUUUAUGCCCUGGUGGUGACCUGUGCUGUGCUCUACAGCGGCAGCGGCAUCUUCGAGGCGUCCCGAGACAGCAUGAACAGAAAGGCCUUUCGGGAUGGCAUAAAGCCAGGCUGGCACUACUUUGGCAGGAAGAUGGACGUGGCUGAUUUCGAGUGGGUGAUGUGGUUCACCUCGUUCAGGAAUGUCAUCAUCUUUGCCCUGUCAGGACACGUCCUCUUCGGCAAGAUCUGCUCCAUGACCGUGCCACAGCACCGGGCUGUGAUGUACAUGAUCUACGGGGCCCUGGCCGUGCUGGGCACCAUGGGGCUGCUCUACCUGAUGAUCAUCCUGUCCCACUGCCUGCUCCUCUACUCGGUGGCCCUGGCCAAGCAGAAAUGGCUCUGCUACGUGGCCGGGCUCUGCUGCCUCGCCUCCUUCAAGGUGGAGCCCUUUGGCUCGUGGCAGAGCGGGUUUGUGACGGGAGCCUUUGAUCUCCAAGAUGUUCUUUUCUACGGGGGCUGCACCUUCACCAUCAUGCGCUGCAUGAGCUUCGCCCUCGAGAGCUCCGACAAGGAGGAGGGCAUCUACUCCAUCUUCGACCUCCUCAAGUACAACUUCUACCUCCCUUUCUUCUUCUUCGGGCCUGUCAUGACCUUUGACCAGUUCCACGCCCAGGUGAGCACCCGAGAGCUGCGGUGCAAGGACGACGAGAUGAGGAACAUCCGUGUCCACGCCCUGCUCCACGUGGGGGCCAUCGUGGCUGUGGACAUCUUCUUCCACUUCUUCUACAUCCUCACCCUCCCUUCCGACCUGAAGUUCGUGAACCGCCUCUCGGACUGGUCCCUGGCUGGCCUGGCCUACUCCAAUUUGGUGUAUGACUGGGUGAAAGCUGCUGUCAUGUUUGGGGUCACCAACACCAUCGCCAGACUGGACCACCUGGAGCCCCCCCAGCCCCCCAAAUGCAUCACCAUGCUCUACAUCUUCGCUGAAACGCAUUUUGACAGAGGGAUUAAUGACUGGCUGUGCAAGUACGUGUAUGACCACAUUGGGGAGAGCCACGACAGCGUCCUGAAGGAGCUGGUGGCCAGCACUGCCACCUUUGCUGUCACCACGCUGUGGCUGGGGCCCUGCCAGCUCGUUUACAUCUGGUCCCUCGCCAACUGCUUCGGCCUCAACUUCGAGCUCUGGGUGCAGAAGUUCUUCCAGCUGGGGCCCUUUGCCAAGCUGGAGGCCAAGCUCUCAGGGGCCAUGUCUCGGCGGAUCAGGGCAGCUUUUGGGGCUGUGAACUUCUGGGCCAUCGUCCUCUACAACAUCCUGGCCCUCAACAGCCUGGAGUUUGCCCUGCUGGUGACCAAGAGGCUCCUGGUGAUGGGUUUCCCUGUGAGCACCUUGUCCAUCUGGUUCAUCACCUACUGCGGGGUGCAGCUCAUCAAGGAGCGCGAGCGCGUCCUGGCCCUCGAGGAGGAGCAAAAGGCUGACAAGGCAAAGGUGGAGUAGGGGAGGCACCACAGGCUUGUCCUGGAGCCUCGUCUCCCUCCCAGCCCCUGCUGCUGCCAGCCCAGCCACCGACCAGGGCUCCCCAAGCCCUCCUGACACUCGGACUGCUGUAGCUCAUCCACGUAGAAGCCACCUGGAAGGCACAGAUCCCCCCUUGCUGCAGGGAAGAUUUUCCAUCAGGCACAGCGGGUGUUUCACAGUCUCCCUGGGCGUGGCAGGAUGCUGAGGCAGCUCCCAGGACAGUUCUUUCGUGCCAGAGCUGUCCCCAUUGUGUUUCUGACCCUCUGAUGUUGUGCAGAGAUCCAGAGAUUCCACCCCCUGCUUCCCACAGCUCUUGGUCCACCAGCACUGGGCUCCCCCUCUCCCAGAGGAGACUCUCCAGAUCCCAUGGCUGGAAUUUUUAGGGCCCUGCACUGCUGGAUCUGAGACUGAUGCGGCCACCACGACCACCCCCUGUGACACCUGUCCUGGGACUGAAGCCAAACCCCACCUCAGUUUUUUUAUGUGCCAUGGACACAGGUCUGAGCUCACAUUCCUGCCCACGGCUGAGGGACAGGACGUGCUGUAGCCAAGCCUUGCUCAUCUCCAUCCCUCUCCUCAGCUGCCUUUGGUGUGCACAGCCCACAGCUGUAGGGCUGAGUGAGCACACGGGAGAACAGUCAAAGGAGAAAUAACCCCAGAUGAAGGGCAGGGGCUGGGUGGUGGAGGGAAAGCCCAUGGGAGACUCCUUGGAGAGUGAGACUUUGGGAGUGUGUGAAACACAGUGCCUUGGGGGAAAGGUGGGUUUGGAACAGAAAAAUAGCUCUGGCUCUCUUGCACUUUAGAGUAACUCUCAGUGGCCUUAUGUCUGAGUUGUGAGGCUGUGUGGGGAGGGCAGGAUCCACACCCCUGUGCAACAGGGGUCGAGAGGCUUGCUGCAUCCCUGGGGAUGAGCAGGAUGGGCUCCCAGCCAGCUUGCAGCUCUGCCAAAGCAAUUUGUGGAGUACCUGAUAAAUGUCACUUGUUUAUGUAGCCAAUAAAUGUUGGAUAACUCCGGCACCUGCUGCUCAUCCCUGUCACGCUGCUGGGCUGCAGGUGACAUCCCCAGAGCUGAGAGGACAAGGAUCUGUUUGCAGGUCCUCACCUGGCCCCCAAAGAGUGACACAAGACAUUUUUGACUUCAGCAGGAGCCCA